AAAAAAAACUUUCCAAAAAUGUCACAUGGUGAACGUAAAGGACGUCUAAGUGUGGUGAAAUUUCUGGAACUGGGUUUUGCCAUCGCUUGUUUAACGUUGCAUUUCUACAGUUUCAAUGAUCGGGAUAUUAUUACAUCUUUUCUGGCUACGGGGACAUUCACCGGUUUCAUUAUAGUAGUAAUAGGCGUAUUCGCAGGUGUUUUAAUGCGUGCUCCUAUACAUAAACGAAUCGAUAUAUUUUUUAGUGUUUUCGGCUGUACAAUGUUCGUGGCGUCAGGAAUUUUUAUAAUUGAAGCCUGGGAGUUUUCGUUUCGUACGCGCACCAGAGAUUUAGCGUUAAUUAAGGGUUCACUGGCGAUAGUAAACGGUGUUCUUUUUGGCUUUGAUGCAAUAUUUACGUUUCGCGAUAAGUAA